AUGACCACCUCCUUGGUUCUAAACCCUCGCUGGCCAGCGGACACGGUGAUGUUUGUGUAUGAAAACAAUCUAGACGAUCUGAACAAGAACAUGGAGGGGCUGGUGGGCAGCAGCAACUUCGCCGCGAGCCAGUGCCGCAACAUAAUGGCGCACUCUGCGGCGGCCGCAGCUCUGGGCGGCCACCCGUCCGGCCUGGUGCACUCUUCAACCGGAUACCCCACGGUGGAGGUGUCCGCGUCAGGCUCCAGUGAGACAGGCGGGCCUGCGGGGAAGCAGUGCGCGGCAGGACCGUGUCCUGGUGCCGCCAUGCCGCACCAGAGCUCUUCUGCCGCCAACUCGUUACCAUACAGCUACUUCGGUAACGGCUACUACCCGUGCAGGAUGGGGCGGGGUUCUGUGAAGUCUUGCACUCAGGCUGCGGGGCCCGCGCUCAGCUCGCAGUACAUGGACACCACGGUGAACCCCGACGAUUACCCAAACCACCGCGCCAAAGAGUUCGCCUUUUAUCACGGAUACCCGAGCCCGUACCAGUCCAUGGCCAGCUACCUGGACGUGUCGGUGGUCCAGACGCUGGGCAGCGAGCCGCGCCAUGACACGCUGCUGCCGAUGGACAGCUACCAGCCCUGGGCUCUGACAAACGGCUGGGGGGGACAGAUGUACUGCAAGGACCAGGGCCAGGCAGGACACCUCUGGAAGUCUGCUCUGGCUGAUGCCGUGGCGCACCAGCACGACGGCUCUCAUUUCCGCCGCGGCAGGAAGAAGCGGAUACCGUACACCAAGCUGCAGCUGAAGGAGCUGGAGAAGGAGUACUUCGCCAACAAAUUCAUCACCAAGGACAAGAGGAGGAAGAUCUCCGCCGGCACCAACCUGUCCGAGCGGCAGAUCACCAUCUGGUUCCAGAACCGGCGUGUGAAGGAGAAGAAGUUCGUGGCCAAAGUGAAGACCCCCGCUCCGUAG